UCCUUGGCUUCACUUUGUUGUUGUUUAUUUUUUUUUAUUUUAGUAAUUGACUAUAUUGUAAAACUGAAAAUAAAAUUGUACGCCACUCUAAUAUCUCAAAUCUGUACAAAAUUAAGUGUGGAUUUCUUUCAGUUGUUUAAAACAUAAAAUGGAUAAUUAUUUAGUUAUAUCGUUUAUCGGUGAAGGAUCGUUUGGGCGUGUUUUUAAAGCAAAACAUAAAGAUACUGACGCUAUUGUUGCUCUAAAAGUUAUUAGAAAGAAAGGGCGAUCAUCAAAAGACUUGAAAAAUUUGAGACAAGAAUGUGAUAUACAAAGACAGCUAAACCAUCCAAAUGUCAUUCGCAUGAUAGAUAGUUUUGAUACAGAAUCGGAAUUAGUUGUUGUAACAGAGUAUGCAGAAAAAGAAUUACAUAGUAUUUUGGCCAAAGAAGGCUGUUUAAAUGAAGACAAUGUUAAGAGAAUUACGUGGGAUUUGGUGUCCGCCUUAUACUAUUUGCAUUCUCAUAGGGUCUUACACAGGGAUCUAAAGCCACAGAAUGUUCUGUUGGAUAGCUCAGGUCGAGCCAAGCUAUGUGAUUUUGGCCUGGCCAGAAUAAUGACUAACGCCACACAUAUUCUCACAUCUAUCAAAGGAACCCCUCUUUACAUGGCACCUGAACUCAUUGAUGAGAAGCCUUAUGAUCAUCAGGCAGACUUAUGGUCGCUUGGCUGUAUCGUGUAUGAGUUGAUGGCUGGCCAGCCACCAUUUUGCACAAUGUCCAUAUGGCAACUUGUCAGAAUGAUUCGACACAAACCAGUUCAGUGGCCUAGUUUCAUAAGCCCUGAUGCUAGAUCGUUUUUACAGGGUUUACUACACAAGGAUCCUGAUAAAAGAAUGGCUUGGCCUGAAAUACUGGAGCAUCCGUUUGUAGCAGGACACGUGCUGAUACUGCCGCAGGAUAAGCAGAGUGAUUCACCCUUCACCAAACCUUUGUCCUGUAGCCAGCAAGAAGCCAAGCUUUUGCAAACUGAAAAGAUGAGCAAGAAUCCUAAAAACCUGAAAACUGAAGAUGAACUAAAGACUGAGACUAGAGAGCAUGAUUUGAGAAAUGUUCGAGGUGUAAUGCAAGCUAUGGAGUGUGUCCCCAUUUCAGACGAUGACAGUGUUAGAGCAACAAGUGCUUUCAGUGUUAGAGACAGCCUUAAAACGGAUGAUGAAGACCAAUCGCAGCCCAUAACAGCAGCGAACGCAAAAUUGCUACGACAUGAGUUCAAUGUAAUGAAUUCUAAUCUUGUUGUGUGUAACCUUGAAAAGAACAUAGCACAGCUCAUGUCUGUCAACCAAAAACACGAAUUCAAUAAAAUGCAUAAAAUAGAUGAAGAAAAGCAUGAUACUCAUAAAGAUAUCAUUGAGAAGAAAGACACUGAAAUUGAUACUACGAAUAAUAAAAAAGACACAGAUGAAAGAGCUGUAAAACAAAAAAUGAAACCACCCGAAACUGCAUCUCAAAGUUUGGAAAACCCUAAAAGUUCAACUAAAUGCAGUAGCGAUGUCAGCUCAGGAUUAAGUAAGAGCGUCCCACCAUCAUAUAAGCAGAAAAUAUUACAGUUCUCUAGAGAUAAGUUGAGGUUCGGCAGCGGUGGUAACAAAUUAACACGAAGCAUUAAAAGAUCAUUCCAUUUUAGUAGGAGCUUGGAUAAGAAUAAAACUGAAAGUCAGAGGCGUACUAGUGAGCCUAAUAUAGAAUUACCAAGUAUUGUAGAUAAAAAAGUGGACUUAGAAAAGUCUAAGUACUCUAAGGAAGACAGAGAUGAAGAUAUUGAGAAAUGUGAAAUAAUUGAAGAAACAUCUGAUGAUAAAGAAAUAGCUAAUAAUGAUAGAAUGAUGAAAACAGAAGAGAAACAUGAAGUUAAGGAGCCAUCUACCAUAGAACUAGAGGAGUGGGAAGCAUUUCUAAACUCGAAUAUUACAGAAGUUAUGGAAGGCGAUGUAGAAUCUCUCACACAAUUAAAUAUGGUAAGCAUGGUUGUGGGCGUGGUGGGCGUGGCGGCGAGGCACGGGCGCGGCGCACGCGUGUGCGGCGCCGUGGCCGCGCUGCUGGCGCUACCGGCGCUGUCGCAUGCGCUGCCGCGCCACGCGCUGCUCAACAUACAGGACGUGUACCUGGAGGCGAAAGUUGUUUACAACUUCGUGGCAGCAAUAAACACUCUAAUGAGAGACUGCAAAGACACCGACGAGGGAGUCGAAGACAGAGAGCAAGGUGUGAGUCGCAUGGUGGAGGUGUGCGGCUGGCUGUGCGUGCGCUCGUGCCGCGCCGUGCGUCAGUUCGCGACUGCUGUCGUCGCCUACAACGCACACCCAGUCUUCACUAACCUUCUCUCUUCAUAUUCAAAAACGCCUCGGAUCACUCUGAACGUAGUUGGGAUCCUGAUCACAGUGUUACAAGAUCUGCCCGAGCAUGCGGAUGUCGUUGAGAAAAUAUUGUUCGACGACGAACAUUUCAACUUCUUGAGGCUUCUAGAACAACCCAGCGACGCUCUUAGGUUGAGAGUGUGUAUUCUGAUUAGUUUAUUGUGUACAUUUUCUUGUACAGCAUUUUCCGCUGCUAUGGAGUCUAAAUGGUCAAAAAAAGAGAGUGAAAGUUUAGAGGCUUUGCAUAGUCAUUGUAAUGUUGCUUUGAAUAGAGCAGCUCGGUUGGCUACUAAGGAGCUUAAUAAUAUGCCCUUUUAUUCAAGCUGAUUUUAACAAUAAGUUACAUUAUUAUGUGGUACUAAUGGUGUAGUGUAAUUGAAGACAUUUCAUAACGUAUGGUGCAGACAUUUCGUGAGUUUAGUUCUUACGAUUUACUUAGUAUUAUUUUGUUUUAUAAGGCGAAAGUUUGUAUGUGCAGAUUGAUUUUACCCAGGAUUAACAUAAUGUCUUUUUUUAUCCCGAAAAAUCUAAGAGCUUCCAUGGGAUUUUUAAAAACCUAUAUCCAUGCGGCCAUCAGCUAAGUAAUUUAUACCUAUAUAUUUAGAAGAUACAUUUAGGUACCUACAUGAGUUAUAUGAUAAUAACAAAGUGAACUCUCGAUUUGAUCCUGAAUCGACAUCUGUCAAAUCGGCUCGGCUAGAGAUGACCUGUCGCUAGACCAAAGCUAGUCGUUUCAUAGACUAUCAAGGAAGCCUCGAUGUUUUGUUCCAAAUUUAAUAACUGUCGUGAACUGUGUCGUAUAAAAUAAAAGGUUCACAAAUAUGCAUUUAGUUUUAUCCAGACAUGCAUUUACUUUUGUAAAAUUUAUGUGUUAAGGCAUUAAACCAUCCAUUAAUAAAUUAGAUAGCCCAUCUGUGGAUAGCAAGUAGCAAUUUAAUAUAUUAAUAGAUGGCUAUAAUUUUAUUUUAGGAAUAUUAUGAUCUUUAAGGAAUCUUCCGUUGUAAAUAUUAUUUAUAUGAAAAGAAAAUCUUAAUAAAA